UUAUAUGUGACACAUCGAUCAGACAGACACUUCCUCUAUCAGAGACGCUCCAGGAAGAACAGACUUUUGGUCCUCCAGACAGAUCGACGAUCUCAGACUGAUAGGAGAACUUUCUAUCACUGCAGCCGUCUGAAAACUCCACGAACACUUUAAAGACCUGGGUGAUAAACUGACGGACUAUCAGACCUGCUCGACGCGCCUGAACCUGUUAGCCACUCCCUGACGUUGUUGACGACCAAAACCUGUUUGAACAGAGAACACCAUGGCAUCAGGUGUGACAGUGGCCGAUGAGGUCGUCCAGUUGUACAACAACAUGAAGGUGAGGAAGCAGGGGAAGGACCAGGUGAAGAAGGCGGUCCUGUUCCGUAUCAACGAUGACCAAACACAGAUCAUCGUGGAUGAUGGGAAGCACAUCCUGGUGGAAGACAUCGGUGGGAAGGUGGAAGACCCUUACACCUCCUUCGUCAAGCUCUUCCCCCCCGAAGAAUGCAGAUAUGCCCUUUAUGAUGCCUGGUACGAGACCAAGGAGUGCAAGAAGGAGGACCUGGUCUUCAUCUCCUGGGCUCCAGAUGGGGCUUCAUGUAAGAAUAAGAUGAUCUACGCCAGCUCUAAAGAUGCCCUCAAAAAGAAGUGUACAGGUAUCAAACAUCAUUGGCAGGUGACCGACAUGGCAGAACUCCAGGACCGCAGCGAGCUGGCGGAUAAGCUGGGCGGGAAUGUGGUGUCUCUGGAGGGCAAGCGGCUGUGAUGUCCCCUCAUUCCUGUCGGACUCACCUCAUUCUAUCUGUUUGGUCGUCGCCUUACUUUCGCACACACCUUCAACACCACCUAGAAUGCACUUUUAUAGGAUGGUGCAGGAAUGAGUCCUAAACGGGGACGUGAGUCAGCAUUUUAACUUUUCCAGUUCCCUCAUCUGAAAGUCUCUGGGAGAUUUGAACGUGUUUUCGGUGAAAUGCCUAAAAUAAGGUCUGUGGUGAACACAAGUUCAAGAGAGUUUAACGUUUUAUCCUGUGACAUAAAUACAUCUGAAAUGUGCCCCACCUUUGAAUCUUGUACCUUUUCACAUCUUAAUAAAGACGGUUGCUUAAAGAGCGCGGAAGCGCGUCAACUGAGCCGUCCACUUGUAUCCGCGGGUGAGGACGUAAAUUCUAUCGACCGCGUUGUAGUUCAAUAUGACAUGACGUUAGCUUUUUACUUUCGACGGUUUGAUUAACGAACCAGAUAUGAUUCUCAUACUAUCAGUUUAUGAAGAUUAUCUUUAUGAACAAAACAUGUGAGUUUCACAAACUUUUAUCGGACACAGAUCUUAUUUUCAGCAAUAGUCCAAAAACCCGUUGAAAAAUCCCAUAAACUCGGCGCCGAGGGAGCCCAUGUAACGCUAACUUCCGGGUUUGCCUACAAAAUUACGUCACGACUGCACCACUCUAUUUUGUAAAGAAACACAACAGGAAGCAGAUUAGCCCCGCCCUCUCAGUGAGAGACGGCCCCCCCACCAACAAGAACAAGAACAGACGACAUCUGGAGCCUUAAAGUGGAACGUUGUUUCUGAGAUCAUUUUGCAAUAAAAGCUUGU